AUGCAUUUGAAACUCUUCACCCUCUUCGCAACCCUAUGCACAAUCACCACCGCCGUCCCAUUCAGUCACCAGGAGCAAACACCUACAUUGACGAUUAUUCCCAAAUCCGCUUCUGCUUCACACUCACAGCCGUCCGCGUCCGCUUCUCCCACCCGCAUCCCCGUUGGCGCGUACCAAUGCCCUGAGAAACAGUACAAGGCAUGCUGCAUGUCCCUUGAGGAGGCUUCAAAGGAUAUUAUUGUCAAGCCAUUGAGUGAUCUGGUUCCCAUGUUUGGUGGAAUUCAAGUUAGCUCGAAGGUUUCGUUUCAAUGCAAUAACAUGGCCGAUGAUGCGGAUCCGGAUACGUGCAGUGGACAUGGAUAUACCCCGAUGUGCUGCUCAGACCAAGCUGAUAAAUCUUCCUUGAACAGCUGCAAGUCUUUUGCUUCUGUCAAGGAGCGGUACUACCAGUCUUUUGGCUACAAUGUUGGUGAAGAGUCCCAGUCGGAUUUGGUCUACGAUGUGAUGUCAUGA